GCGCACCCUGGGAGUGGAGACAGAAAGGCACAGGUAAGUCAAGUUAAACUUCUUAUUGCACCUUCUCUGUUUUAACCAGCAAACAUUCUGCUUGGACUUUUCCAACUUAAACUAUGUUUCUCAUAAGUGGUGCGGCGGAAUCAACCCAGACAGCAAUCGUCUGUCAAACACACAUCAUAAUCUGAAUAAAAGAAUAUUUUUCAACGAAAUACCUCUCAGACUCAUCUGUUAACAUGUCGUGUUUGUUUUUUUAUAUACACAAUCCUACAAUGUUUAUUGUGAAAGGGGCAUAUCUAAGAAGCAAAGGCGCUUUAAGGCUCCUACUCUUAUUUUGAAGGUUAUUUGCCUCGUUUUCCACCUCGUCUAACUUCCUCUCUGCUUUGGUGUGUAACUUUAGGUUCGUCUAUUACCUCAAGACCAAUCCACUGUCCAACUGAGGAGUUUGAAGUCUCCGGAGUGACUGUCCUCCGUCCUCUCCUGCUGUGUGUCCACCUCCAUGUAGGAAGGGGAGGUGCGGGACCGCAGGACGCCGUGCGGAGCAGCAGUAAUCCAGCCGGAGAUGAGAUUAAGUUACAGGGGGUUGAUGGCAAUCGCGUCCCCGGGUGAAAAUCUGGUACCCAUUACAGAUAAUUUCAAAGGUUUGAGGAGGUGGAGCGACACAGUUAAAACGGCGACAUUUCACUGCAAUUCCUGUGUUUUUGUAUCUUCACAUCUCAUUUCCUCCAAGGAUGAAAAAUUACUUUCAUAUUCAUAUGAUAGUCCUUUAGGGCCAUUUGGCUUCCCAAUGGUGUUCAAUAGUAGGUUAAUCAUGUGGCUUGGGUUAUUUUAUUAGCUGGAUUAUCACAACAACCCUGCAUUCCUGGGGUGCAGACUCAAAAUGUUUGUGUUUCCAAGCACUUUUUCCUGUUUUUUUUUCUAUAAAAUAACAAGAAUGAAUAAUGUGCCAACACAGCAGAAUAAUCCAACUUUUAGGUUGUUGGAAAAUGCUCAAAAUCAGUAUGCAUUUUACAUAUUAAAAAUGCUUAUUCAGAAUCAAAGAGGAUUUGAAUUUUGUGAAAAUGUCAUGUAACCAAAAGUAUAUGCAUUUUUUUUGUGUUUGUCUAAUAGAGAAAACCAGAUAACUGCUUUGCCAUGAGGUACAAUAUCUGGUACUUUCCCACAAGGUAACACCAGUCAUAACAUUUUGCAAAAUUAUUUCUGUUGCAUGAAAUUGUCCCAAUGGCAUACAGACCUGACCAAAAUCUGUCAGGAUUAGAGUCUCUAAGGUUAACCAUUUCUCUUGAACUACCUCCAGGUGCUGUGAUAAUUUCGUCGUUUCCUGAGUCGAUUAUCUCCCCGGCUUGCAGAUGCAGAUCACUGAUCAAGGAGUGGAAAACAGCUGCAUAUUACAUCAAAGGAACAAGAAAGCACCAUUUCCAUGUCCUCACAGAGUAAGUUAGUGUCACUGGGUUACUCUGCAGGGAUGUGGCCCCAGUGUUAAUCUGUUUACACUCACUUGGCUCAAACCAGAUGAUUUACAGGAGAAAGAUACAGAUAACACAAACCGUCUCAGCUCUAAAACCCUCCUGGAAUUAAACUGAGCUCUGUUUUUCUUCUGUCCUUGGAUAACUCAGCCGUCAAACCCAGGCUCAGAGCUAAUAGCUGAAGUUUGACCCAGUCCAGCACAUAUUAGACUCCAGACCAGCCUGAGAUGAUAAAGCGACUAAUUACUUGUUUUCCUAAAGGCUUCAAAACUGUUAUUUUACUGUCGGCUAUAAUUGGAGCAGCAGGCUGGUAUUAUUCCUCCGAUAGAGAUCGUGGCAAGCUGAUAAAAAGCAGCUGAGGGUCAGGUAUCUUGCAGGCCUGCUCCUGCUGGUCCUCAUUCAGAGGUUGGGACCUCAUUUGCUGGGUCAAGGCUUUCAGCAUUGGGCUCGGAUUAACAGAGGGGCUGAGAAAGCACACAGGAAUUCCACAUUUACCACGCUGCUGCCAUGUUUAGAUAUCAGGAUAGGAACUACUCAGAUUGUCUUAUGCAGCAGGGGAGAGUUAUUUGUGAAGGAAACGAGAAGCUUCCUGAAAUUCUCUGCUAAUAACCGAACAAUAAAACCCGAACUGGUCAACCCUAUAGGCAGUGUCAGAUUUAACUUUGAUCUUUAUUUUGAUAUUACAGUUUGGAGAUGGUGGGCUUUGUGGACACUCUAAAUAUCUUUUUACAUAGUUCGUUGUUCUACACUUAAGAGUACGCACAGGGUCAAUGGGGCUUGGAUCAUUAACCUGAAACAGCCAUCAAGAAUCUCCUUUAUAGACUUUCCUGUCUAAUGGAAAUGAGUGAAAAGCAAAGCAAUAAAAACCGCAUCCAAAAUCCUCUUCAACAAAUACUUCAUUAUUUGUAUUCAGAGUUGCAAACAAACUGUUUUUUUUAGUAUUUUUAAUUUCAUUUCUAAGCCCUUCCGCCUACACACUUCCAUGCAUUCCCUCUGCUCUAAUUGUAGCCUGCAGUGCAGAGCUUAGUCUGAACCCAUGCCAGUGUGUGCCAGGUCUCUGCAGGGGGGGCAGGCUUACCGUCAGUCUGAUGCAGAUUAGAGCAGAAAGUUUCACCUGAGGAGGCCUCUCGAGUAUGUUGGCGCGAUCGGCUUUAAUGAAUGGGUCUUCAUUUUCUGAAUCGCAUAUAUUCACAGUCACCAUUCAUAAUAAGCAUUGUCUUGUUUUGCGUGACCACAUCUCCCAAGUGUCCAAAUAAGGAGAUGACAAGGCAGUAGAGCAAGUAUCUUUGCUGAAUAAUAUCAAUUUUUAAUAAGGGAUUGAAAUAUUCUUGAAAAUGCCAAUUUAAGUUCAAUUCUGAAUUUGCUUCACUCAGUAAUAAUUCUGUGAAUGACACUUUGACAGCUGCGAGAAAAGCCCAACAGGUAUUCAGUCUAUUCAAGUCCACUUUGGUCUAUAAACAGAAACCCUUCAUAAACAUCCUGCCUCGAUUAUUCACAAAUAGCACCUUGGUUGUUUUCUAAAGCUUGAUGCCAACGCUCUAAUAGGAUCUGUGCUCGAGUAGAUCAAUCAAAAUAGGACAAAGCUAAAAAGGAAACAGACGCCACAAUCUUGUCUCUUCAGCAGCACAGCUUGGUGCUCUCGUCUGGAGUUGGAUGUUGUCAUAAAGUCCAGGUAAAAAAUUUAAACUCUUUUACAAUUCAGGGGAGUAAGAGAAGUGAUGGAGGUAUGAAAUGCAUACCAGCAAUUAUUUUAUUUGGUUUUAUAACACCUGCUUGGCUUCUGUUUUCUGUUAACAGUUAUUCAGAGUUUGCAGCAAAAUGCAUUUUAGAUGUCUUGUUUUUUUUACAUGGGUAGGGGAUGUGUUCAAAUUUUAGAGUGCACAGUUUUUCCUCUAAUUUUGUUGAUUUAUACGCAUACAAAGAGACUGAAUAUGUUGUAUUACUAUUGCUUAAUGUAUAGACUUACAUUCUGUUUGAGUCCUACAGAAAAAUAGCUCCAACUUUUACACCUACAAAGAUGAGAGUCCUUUUUUUUUUUUUACACUGGUUAACUGACAUUGAACAGAAGGAUUCAGUGUUUUUAAUCAACUCAACUUUAUUUGUAAAGCACUUUAAAACAACCACAGCUGACCAAAGUGCUGUACAUAAAUAGACAAAACAGCGCAGACAUAAAAAACAAUCAAAAAACAACUAAAACAAUGGAUAAAAUAAGAGCAGAUAUUAAAUAAUCAAAGCUUUACGGCGUGGUAUAAAGAAUAUCAGACUGCAGUGCUCUUAAUCAAACGUAUUCUAUGUUAAAACUCUUGGCAUGAUGUGAUUUUUUUUGCUAAUUAAUGAAAUGUUAAUUUUGAACCGUCUUCAAGUGAGAAUGUUUGAGAAAUGUCGCCACCUUGUGUCAGAAAAAUGUCAAGCUUCAGAUGUUCGCUUGGAUAAGGUGUUACCUGUUAGUCAUACAUGAUCAUACAUGCACUAUCAAAUGUCAGUCAUGUAUGAUCUCCUCUUUGUAACAGAUCUAAAGACAGGAUGAAGAGGCUGCUUCUUCACACUCUCUGCAUCUCUCAGAUCCUCCUCUGUGCCGCCGACUUUCCUCCACUGAGCGAGGACACAGUCAGAGGUACCGCCUCAUGAAUAAAACACCAAGUUCGACUUGUUUUCACAGACAUUUCUUGCAGAACAUGCUGACAGCUUGUUUUAAUGGUUUUGUGCAGAGCUGUCUGCGGCAGGGGAGCAUUUUGUUGAUGAGGAAAUUAAGAGAGCGGUGCUCGAGGUGAAGCAGGUGAAGGAGCUGAUGGAAGAGAAAAAGGAGAAGCACAGGCAUUUUAUGGACGCCCUGAGACAAAGCAGUGACAAGAGGAAGGUAUGAGUACAGUUUCUGUGAUUGUAAUUACAUGCAGAGCUGUUGUAUUUACUUUCUGCCCACAGAGAAACCCCUAAGCAGACAGUAGUAAACGCGUGUGUGGGAGUGGAGCUAGUUCAGGGAGUUGUGGCGCAGUUUUACAGCAGUCAGUAUAAAUUAACUGUCAGCAAGUUUUAAAAUUCUGAAGCAAAAGACCAAGCAUUGUGCGAGGGCCCCUCGUCUAAUGUUGCCUUCAUUUAGAUGUAAUGGGUGUGUGACAGACCUGUCUUUAUUGGGGUCCUUUCAGGGGGUGAUGCAGCUGGCCCUGGAAACAGAGCAGAGACUAGAAGAAGUUGAGAGGCAAUGUCGAGAUCUAACCAAAUCUUCAUUUGAUGAAUGUCGGCCUUGUCUUGAAGAUACCUGUAAGGACUUUUAUGCCUCUACAUGUCGCCGCGGCUUCACCUCUUUCUCCUAUAAGGUAAUUCUCUCUGUGAGAAACCUUCAUUACCAGAUAAGAUGUGUAAAGCUCAUAAUGUGUUGGUCCUUCUGUCUCUCUGCUGCAGGUGGAGGAGUUUUUCAAGACCCUGGCCGCUCAGCUGGAAGAAACAGAUUAUUUUUACUUUCAAGAUGAGGAAAAUGUAGGCUACACUAACUUGGCUGAGAAACCUCAGAUCACAGAAGAUGACGCAGAUCUUCAGCAGGAGGACUCCUCGUUCAGCCAGCUGCUUUCCGAAACUGACUUUCUGUUUGAGCAGAGUGUCACUCUGGUCAAAAAGAUGCAACACGUGUUUGGGGAAUCCUUUUUGUUGGCAUUCACAGCAGAUUUUCAACCCAACCCGCUUUUUACCAUGCAAGCAGACUCCAUUCCUGACUUCUUAGGGAAUCUGGGUAAAAUGGUUGACUCAGUGUAUGACUUUGGGAGGAAUGUGAUGGGCGACAUCACCCCCUCAGUGGCUGAUGUUGAAGACGAGAACUCGCAGCUACCCAACAGAGGUAUCUGCAGCUCUUUCAGCCACACUUGUGUUCAUUCCCUUCAAAUGAAUACAGGCACUGUACCAUAUCUCACUGUAUGUUUAUGAAUGAAGAUACAGAAUCACUUCAUGCUGUGGGGCAGAUGCAGAGCAGACAUCUGUGCAGGCGCCUCCGCAGACAAACAUCAGAGUGCUUCCAGCUGCGAAGUUGGUGUGAGACAUGCAAGGAAUACCUGUUAAAAGGUAAUUAAAUGUGAGAUGUUUCACCCGCACAUGCACAUUUAUUCAUCUAAUGGAGAAAUACCAGAAAAACCCUUGAAUAGAUACAGUUUUUUAUAUCUUCACCUCACCAUGCUCAUGACUAUGUCCACAUACAGAGUGUCCCAUCGUCCAGCAGCUCCACGCUGACAUGGCGGAGAUGCACUUACUUCUGAACGCCUCCCACGAACAGUACGACGACCGGCUGCUGCUGGUCCGCAGACACACAACAGACACGCAGAGGUGGCUCAAUAACAUGGAGGACAAGUACCGCUGGAUCAGCCACCUGUCCAAUAACACAGAGGAACCACACAAUAUCUUUAGCAUCAUUUCAGUAUGUUUGUACUGACUCUGUCUUAUUUUCAGUUUAAGAAAUAACUGGAAACAAUGUCUCAUGUAAAGCUGACUUAAAUGAAGCUUAAUGACUCUCACUCUUUGUACUUUUUCUGAUUUUACAGGUGAACCGACAACAGAUGAAGACCAUCAGACCUAAAACAGACAGCAGUGUGGUUUUGUCGAUACUAGACUCUGGCCCAAUGACUGUCUCAGUUCCUGCAGAGCUGGAGGUGGAUGACCCUGCAUUUAUCCAAUAUGCUGCUCAGGAGGCUCUGACUCUCCAUAAACGCCACAUAAAAGGUGUCCAUCAAUUAGUUAAUCAUCUGACAGACCUGUAUCAUUAUGAACUAAACCUGUUUAAAUCUAUUUUUCUGUACACUUUCAUAAGUCAAAUUUGUGGUAAAUACUUGGAUUAACUGUUUGAUGUGUUUUCUCCAAACAGGAAUGGAUUGAAGGACAUCCCAGCAUCCACAUGUCAUCAACAGACACUGAAUUAAAAGACAAGUACCGGUGUUUAAACUAAUCUCUGCAAAACUUGAAAACACAUUAUAUACAUCUCUCAACUUUCACAUGCACAACUUCAUAGUUUUUUUUUUAAGUCAGAUAUGUUUACUCUCUGUUUUUAAGUCUCUGCACAAUAAAGCUGCGAGGUCUCUGCACUAACCAGUAUUUUGCUAUUUUGCUUUGGAUCCAAGUUCAUUCAUGGUACUCUAUAUGUAAACAAAUACACCUUUAAUUGCUUGUUAAAGCAACUUCUGUCAAUGUUUGAAAUUAAAAAGUUAGGUAAUAAAUUCCAUGCCAUCAUUUCUCUGUA